AUGAUGAUGAUGGAUAUUUUGAACGACACUCUUGAAUUUUUACUCCAAUCCACAUUAGAUAUCUCAUCAAACCAUAUUGUUAUUACUGUGGUUCUCAGUUUUAUCACAUUAAUUUUAAUAUGGACUAGUGUUAAAACAGUACAGUCGAGUGUUAAGGAUCCACAAGAAACUGAUAUGACAGAAGAGCCUGUGGAAUCAGACGCCUGUCCCUAUCCUAAUUGUGUACGAUGUCAUCAGCGAACUGAGAUUUUAAACGAAGCUCUACAAAGAUUAAAGAAAUUCAAGGAAGAAAAUGAACAGAAACCUACUUUGUUGCCAGAAGUCGAAAUUCAACUAAGCAAAAAAAAAUACAAAUAUCUGAAUCGCUUACAAAAACCGAUAGUGUUUUAUCUUCCCAGCUUACGAUACAAAGAUUUAGAUGAAAAAAUCGAGAAAAUUUGCAAGAAUUUUUUUAUGCCACUAAAAGAUAUUGUAGAAGAAUAUGAAAAUUUGAAAAAACAUUCAAAUUGUAGUUUUAAAGAAAAUACAGUCGAUUCUGGCUCGUGGAAAAUUUAUCAUUUAAUUGAUCAGGGAAGAGAAACUAACAAUGCAAAACUUUGUUCAAAAACAAUGAAAUAUGUAAAAAAAAAUCACCAUGGUACCAAAUUUAUGCAAGGGACUAAAUUUACUAACGUAGCUUUCUCGUGUCUUUCCCCUGGGACAGUUAUUCCUCAACAUUACGGUCCCACCAAUUUCAGGAUUCGCUGUCAAUUACCUUUAAAAACUGAGAUUGAGGGUACACAGUGGAUUCAGUGUGGAUUAGAGAAAAAAUUCUAUUACAGUUCAAUACCAAUAUAUAUGGAUGACUCCUUUUUACAUUCUGCUACAAAUAUUGGGAAAGAUGACAGAGUGGUUUUAUUGUUUGACAUCUGGCAUCCCGACCUGUCAAAAAUCAACAGAGAAUUUUUACAGCAAAUCUUUUCUUGUGAUGAAUAA